UGGCGGCGGCAGCAGAGUCAACAUCCGGCGACGCAGAGAUGCGCACGUUUCGGCGCUCGGGAGAAGGACGCCGCGAUCGUGAUUUCGGAACAUGAGAGCGAGAUGAAUGUUCGUGACACGAGGAGCUGAGAGCCUUGCGAGGAGCGUUCGGGACAAAACACUCCGCGAGGGCGAUUCAAAAAUCCUCCUGCCCGCGUCCCUUUCCUUCCGGCCGUCAUCAUCAUCAUCAUCAUCAUCAUCGUCGUCGUGUUGUCGUCGAUCAGCCGGACGGUCGCGCCGGUGCGCCGAGCGCUGCGCGUUCCUCGCGAGUGUUGCUGCCUCUCGCCGUCGUUGACAUCGAGGGAGAGAGUCGCUGCUGCACAGCUAGUCCCGUUGGAGGGCGAGUUUCGCGCGAGGGCGACUCCGGAGGAAACGAGGAUAAUAAAAAGAAGCCGCCUACGAUCCGCCCGGCGCGGCGGGAUCCCCUGGCUGACGUCGCGCCGAGGGAAGGAGUCUUCGGGAUUCAUCCGAAACAGCGGGCCGGUCCUUCCCCGCCUUCCUCCACUCUCCUCCGCCUCCCUCCACCGACGACCCGGCGAAGCUGAGCUUGUCGCGCGAGACGACAGCAAACACGGCGCGGACACAUCGGGCACGAGAAUCAUGUCGUCAGGAGCAGGGUCCAGUGGAACUGGACGAGGACGUGGUUCCUCCUUGGCAGACAAUAAACCAGAAAGUAAAGAAGCUAAGCCAAAUCCAAAGAUGUCGAAAGCUUUAGGAACUUCCGCUAAAAGGAUACAAAAAGAAUUGGCAGAAAUCACGUUAGAUCCACCUCCCAAUUGCAGUGCAGGGCCAAAAGGAGAUAAUUUAUAUGAGUGGGUCUCUACCAUAUUAGGUCCUCCAGGUUCCGUUUAUGAGGGUGGUGUCUUCUUUCUUGAUAUACAUUUCUCACCAGAAUAUCCCUUUAAACCUCCCAAGGUUACAUUCCGAACACGCAUCUACCACUGCAAUAUCAAUAGUCAAGGAGUUAUCUGUUUGGAUAUAUUAAAGGACAAUUGGUCUCCUGCGCUGACAAUUUCAAAGGUCUUACUGUCGAUAUGUUCCCUCUUAACAGACUGCAAUCCAGCUGAUCCAUUGGUGGGUAGUAUAGCCACACAAUACCUACAAAAUAGAGAAGAACAUGAUCGCAUAGCACGGCUUUGGACUAAGCGCUAUGCCACAUGAGCAUGUUCUUAAUUCAUAUUAAACUCCUAUUAGUCUCAUGCCAAUCAUGAUUUAUGAUCGCUACUGCUCUCAUACAACUUGUCUCAUUUGUAGCCCAUAUACAUCCUUAUCUAUGAUCAUGUUGGUCAGAAAACACAGUGAGCAAAAGGCCGUUUGAGAUCAGCUCAAACAUGAUUGUGAUGUGCUUUUAUGUUGAGUAUGUAAUGUGCCUAAGAUGAAUGAAUGUGCAUGCAAGUGUGUUUAAACGAUGUGUUAGGGCAUAACGAGACAGGAGUUUUUCACUUAAAAGUUACAAUGAGAUAGUAUUUAAAUGGAUUGUAUUGUGUAUCAACAAUACUACCCACAAUGCUGCUAAUGUUUUUAGAUUAGGAGAUAACAUGAACAAUAUUAAUAAUCUAAAGUGUAAGUAAUUAAGCAUAUAGAGAUAAUAUAAGAUAUCAAUUAAAGGGCCAUUUUUCCAUAAUUGAAUUCAUAUUUUUAUAUUGAUCUAUUCAAUUUAAAUUAUUGCGUUUAUGCGUAUGUCUUUUACCUAACUCAAACUAUAAACUAGUAGCGUAUAUAAUUUUGCCGUACAAACUAUUACUGGCAUAUACAAUUUUGUGUUCAUAAUGUUACAGCAAUGUGCAACGUUCUGCAUGAAGCAGACGCAAAUGAUGCUUAUGCUAUUAGAUAUAAUUCGAUUACAUGGGCCCAUCCGUAAUAAUGUAAUUGUAAAUAAAUUUACUGUAUACUUAUAUGCUGAUAUAUUCAAAAAAAAGCUUGUAAUUCUGACCUGAAUUUAUAUUCUGUUUUCUAUACAUGUAUAUGAUUGAAAUUUUUGUUGGCGAUUGCACCAAUCACCCUCGUUUAGUAAUUCUGAACGUUUUUUAAUUAGCAAUUUGUUAUCAUCUUUUAAAAAUCAUAAUUAUUUUUAAUUAUGUAGGUAGAGAAAGAGAGAAAAUUUACACACGCGCGACUGGCGCUAACCGAUGUUGGUGCAAUUUGCGUGUUCUUUAGACAUUUCGUAUUGUUUAAUUGUGUUUUAAAGAAUACUUACAUAUCAAUUUUGUUGCAUAUUCGGAACAUCUAGAAGUCGGAGCAUAUUAAGUAGUUUCGUUGCCUCUAUCUAAAAUGUUAGAUAUAUAUAUGAACUGAGUGUGUCUUAAAUAAUUUCUUAUAAUUUUUGAUAUUAUAUGAGAAUUUCACAAAGUGAUUAAAAUCACUUUGUACAUAUCUACUCUAAAAUAUAAAUAAUUGCUAAAAAAAUAUUGGAUAGUGAGUGUAAUUAUAUAAUGAUGACGAAGCAAAGAGAUGGGAGAAGAGAGUUUACUUGACAAGUACUAACAUUGUACAGUUAAUUAUAUAAAGUAAACACGCUUUGCAUCCUUUUCGUCACGAAAUUUUCGAGGAAUGUAAAUAUCACGUGUGCGGAAUAUGCGAUUUUCGCGUAAGUUCCUAUAUUAAAAUUAAAUAUUCUUUGAUUUUAAUUUAAUCUAAAAUCCUCGGCAACUUUAUAUUUUAUAAGCUAGAAUAUGUGUGUGCAGUUUCAAUACUAUAUAAAUUAAACUGGGAUAAGUCAAUCCUUCGGGUUUGUAAAUAUAGAUCAUUAUAUAUAAAAUAGUACAUGUAUGUAUACAUGCCCACACGUGCAUUUGCGAAAAAUUACUGAAAUACUAACAAAACAUAUAAUAGAUCUCGUUAUAUCUAAAUGUCAUAUAUACAUUAAACGUAGUCACAUAAAACGAAAACACGCUAUAUCUGAAUCUGAUUUAAAAAUUAUAGAAUAUAUUAAAUUUUCUUGUAAAAAAAAAGUGAAUAUAGAAAGGAAAAACCGUCAUUUAUUUACGAGAUUUCAAUUAUCUAAAAACGCCUUUAUUCGCAUGUAUAAAAAAAGAACAAGUGUAAGAAAAUCAGUCUUACAUAUAUUGAUAAAUAAUGAUCUUUUAACUAUAAUGAACUAUAACGAACGAAAUACAAUUUAUUAUACGCUGA